CGCGUGCAGCGACACAACCGCUACACCACUUCGGUACUGCGCGGCCGGCCUGGCCCGGAUAUUCUCAACCGCUGCCAUGGGAUUCCUCAGUCUCUUCUCCGGGAAGUCUUCUUCGAGGCAAACGAGCAAAGCGUCUGGCCGUGGUGUCAAGGCACAAGCAUAUGAAGCCACAACAGCCUCUGACUCGCCGUUUCAAGGGACAUAUCCCGUCGCGGGGAAUGGCCCCAAUAUCCUGGACACAAUGUCCAAAUCGGCCAAGUUCAGGCAUACCCAAGUCUCGUUGGGUAGCCACAACAUCGACCCUGCUGCCCCAGCACCAACAACCCCGCUUCAUGGCGCCAGCAGCAUUAGCAGCAACGCCGAUGUGCCUCCCUAUGAGGGGGCAAAUCCGGCGCCAGCGCCGGCCUCGAAACGACGGAACUCGUUUAGGGCGCCGCCGCUGUCGUUUCGGAAGCCCCGUGAUCAGCCGGCGCGGGCGUCUCGGAGCGAAACCCCUGAAUUUGCCCAGUACGGUGCCGGUUUCACACAGGUCUUUCCUCUGGCAUAUCACGCCACCUCCCACAAGCGGAACUCGUCACUGUUCAGUGAACUUGGGAAGUCUGUAGAUGUUCUUGACGCUCAUUCAGAAAUAUCCCGCGCGGAUUUCAGAACCAGGGUGCAAGCCGAGGGCGCCAAGGACUUUGGUGAAGACGUGGCGGACAGAAAUCUCUCGCACGCCACGUACACCCGGGACCCCUCCCAAGUCCAGGCCUUCUAUGGUACUCAAGGAGGCAAGUCCCCACCUUAUCGAGAUCUUCCUCUCACUGCGGUGCGGCGGGCAAGGGCGCAAACCGAUGCGAGCCCGCCCCGACUCGAAAAACAUGUCGAGAUGCCAUCGUUUUCUCUCUUCCCUGACAAGGCGGCGUCAGAGAUGGCGGCCGCUCGCGGAGCCGAUCGGAUGGCCAGCCUCAAGACCUACGUUCCUACGGGGACUGGCUCGGUCUUCUCGGGCAAUGCGCCGGCCGAGCUGAGGCGGCAUAGUAUGCAUCGGAGCGCCAUACCUCCAGAGCUUAGAAGGCCGGCGACCGCCGGAUCAGCCAUGCCAGCACGACCUAUGACAAGCUGGGACGACUCUGGCAUCCGCGAGGACGUGCCACCGCUGCCGUACUAUGUGCCGAGAAGGCUGGAGGAUCUAAUGGACAAGGGGUCGAGGUUGCCUGCGGCCGUGCCCCAUUCGGAGAAACAGAGCCUCUUCCGGUUUCCGCCAGCGACGUACCGACCGUCGUCCUCAAGCAGACCAGGCACCGCCUCUAACCGUGGGUCAGUCCCCAGUUUUGCGCUUACGUCUGCUCCCGCCCAGUCGUCCUCCCCGUGGGCCAAGUGCACGCGGCACGCCUUGCAGCUUUCCGUCUCGUCUUCGGCGAGUGGUGGCUCGGGCGAACCCGUCGGCGCGGAAUCUGCGCCGGCGCCUUGUGUGAAGCCGUCGCCUACGCGCAGUGACGACCGCGCGUCGGCCGAGCCCCGCCGAGGCCACGGUUACUCGCGGAGCCGUAGCAUGACCUUUCCCAAGGCCGGCCAGCUGGAGGAAAUCUACGAACACGUACCCGAGCGUGACAGCAGCCUGCGCAACUGGUCCCUGACAUCUGACACACAUAGCAUCUCUUCCCUCAGCACCAAUUUCUUCGGCAACCGCCCUAUGUCUCGGCAUACGGCAAACACAUCCAUCGAUGCCAGUUUUCCCACGUCCCAUGCCUUCUCCAGCGUUUCCUUGCCGCUGUCGUCGGCCCGAGGCUCCAUAUACUCGACAGAUCAUCUAGGAAAACUGCAGUUGGUCCCCGAUGGCGCCCCACCGAUGCUGGGGCGCCAAGCGACAGAAUGCUUCAACAUGGACGACUAUAUCUCAUCUGAUGACGACUCAUUCAUCGCCCCGCGUCGCCAGAGGUCGCCUGUCAAUGAAGAGGAUCUGCUUUUCCGCGAUUCAGGCUACGGAUUUUCCGAGCUUCCGGGUCUGCACGAUUCCCUCCAUGACAUCACCUCCACGCCACCAGCCAUAUUACACCCUCCACCACAACCUCGCCGGCGCCCGGCCACCUCGGCCGGCACGCUGGGAUGUCAGCACAGCUUCCGAAUGAGUCGGCGAGAAAGUCCUCCACGAGGACAUCGGCCCAUGACCUCGGUCGCUAGUAUCUUCACUGCGCCUUCGCGUGGCCGUAGCCGUCGCAGGCGGCAGUCGAACGCUGCCGAGACCGCGUCUUUGGAUCAGCAGGAGUACCCAUGGACACAGUCGCCACCACGCGCUACCUAUCGCAGCGAUCAUGGAAGCAUCCGAUCUCGGCCGUCCCAUCGCGGCCGCAAGGGAUCUCAACGGCUUUCCGCCUUUGGCUACGCCUUCUCCCAAACCGGUGGGUAUGAAGAAGACAGCCACUACGCCCCGGCACCCGAGGUGCCCGUCCCCCUUGGACCUACUAGGUCUGUCAAGUCUGUCAAGUCUGUCAAGACUACGACAACUACAGACACGGGUCGGACGCUCAUGGCCGGGCCUGCUCCGUGCAUACCCGACUCGGGAGAUGCCAGCGGCAGUAAAUACAAUGGUACUAGCAACUACAAUUCUCCAAAGAGCACCGGCAACUACAGCGGUGAUCGCACCACCACCACCGGCGAUGACGACCAGAAGCCCAGUGACCGCCUUCCAGUCACCAAAAUUGACAUCGCAGCUGUCAUACGUUUCCGCAAACUCGACAAAGCGAGGAGGAGAACGAUGGAGAUGGCGAUACAUAGAGGCGACAAGGCCGCCCCCGCCUCCUCUUCCCCUGUCCAGGAACAGAAGAAAAGCAUGGUUCCAAUGGACACCGCCCAACAUGCGUAAUUACUGCGAACUCAUCGACUUUGCGGGCUGUUUUAUUAUUAUUAUUAAGAGCCUUGUCCUAACCUCAUUCCGCUUGCCUCAUGUACGAAAUGACUUUGUGUUCUUCUCAUCCCAUUUUUCUUUUACUCUUCUUUUGUACAUGAAUAUAUGGGUGGUACUUCAGGCAUUGUAUUUAUUCCUCUUCUUCCAUGGCACUGAGGAAUUCCAGUACCAAUGCCAAUUUGCACCCGGGUGCUGAUUAUGCGCCUGCGUUCUUUCACAACUAUCUUUGCGUACGUAUUUUUUUUUUUGACGGAAAUGAAAACUGGGACAUGGGAAUGGGAUGAGCGUGUGGAUAGGCACGACGCCUUGGGUCAUGAGGAAUCAAGAUGGUCUUCUAUGUUUAGUUGCUGAAGCUGUGAACCAAAGCCACUCCCACUCCCGGGAAGUUCUCAACAAGCU